CCCCCCUUCUAUGAAGCAUGACCCAUGACCCACAAAGUAUGGUACCUCUUUUAUUCAAAUGGAAAUGUGAUUCUUUGUUUAUUGACGUAUGGUUCUCUGGCUGUUAUAAUGUCACCAAAUAAAGUGCGGUGUUAUGACGAUGGCAACAUUGGAAUGGGUUGAAGUGUUUGUGGUGAAUAAUUAGAUUUUAUCGAACAUCGAAUUAGUAUGCACAUUGUUAAAAAAUACAAAACGACUCUAUUGGCAGCUACCUAUUGUUUUUGAUUGAUUCAGGUGUAUCAAAAAUCGAAAAAGGGAAUUUAUUUUUGAUCUUUGCAAACCAUUCUUUCGGUCAAUACAUAUUACGUGCUAAGACAUCUGCGUCCUAACGAGGUAGGGUGAGGCCGAAGACGUACCGUACACUGGUUGUAGUCGAUUAGCUCUUCUACAAUGUUCGGCCCAUGGUGCAGGGAAACUCUGAUCCAGGUAGUCGUCUUGCUGUCUAUGGUGUCCUGUGUCACCGCCACUGAGAUCAUUGACACAUGCACAAACUCGAACGCCCCCCGCGGAGACACUUUAAACGUGUCGUUUGUCUCUGCCGACUACGGCGUUUCCCUUGUAGUGGACACGGUGGACAGUCGCAGUAAUCUGGAGUGUAUUUUGGCGUGUACCAGAAACUUCCGCUGCAGGUCGUCCUAUUUCAAUACAGUUGACAAGACGUGUUAUAUGACAGAUACACCACAAACCACUGCCGGUUAUACAACGACGUCCAGCGAGGCUACGGGCUACGUGACCAACAUUCUGUUACCACAGAUUGACUUGGAGCUGGAGAGUACGUACUCCCAGUGCAGUGGCGCCCCCUGUGCAGUGGCUGGCACGUGCCGUGGUGACUGUGUCAACAAUGAGGCAGUUUGUAUUGGUGACGGCUUCGACUGUGACGAGGUUCCCCUAUUCAACGUGUACCAAUGGUCGUCCACCACAGUUUGGGGCACAAACUCCGGCCAGCUGUUUACUAUUUCUUAUACCAAGAAGAGUGACACCAAUGGUUUAUAUCUAUUCCAGACUAUUUCUUAUAACAAGAAGAGUGACACCAGUGGUUUGUAUCUAUUCCAGACUAUUUCUUAUACCAAGAAGAGUGACACCAGUGGUUUGUAUCUACAGUGGGUGGGCACUUUGAGGACAGGAAACAAUUGCGGCGGCUGCGCUGCACAGUACUACUUCACCAUUGACAACGCUGAAUGCUCCGACCCUGACGCCAUCAAUUGGUCUGAAUACCACCCUAACGCAAGGGACCAUCACAAAAUAGCCGACUUCUUUGGCAUAUGCAAUGGCAUUGGAGCGGGGUCUAGGACCAUAGGCCUCCACGUCCGCCACCUAAGUGGGACUACCAAUAACUACGCAGGAUGGAAUGCCAGAUCUCGGAUCAUCAUCGCAGAGACAGAAGGCAUCCCUGGAACAGCAACCUGUGAAUCCUUGACUUCGUUCAACAUUCAGCAGUUUACAACUGACUACUACGCCUCAACAAGAGACGAGAACGCCCACUGGACAAACACGUAUGUUAAACGCGCCAGUGACACUUCUCUGCGCCUGCGCAUUGCCGUCAAUCUCUAUGAACAUGGCGACAGCUAUUGUUCUCGGUGGUACUUCAAGUUCAAUGGGGUGGAGUGUUCUGAUCCUGGACCUCUGGAAUUCGUGUGGUAUGUCCGUGGUGACAGUGGGAGGAACGCCCACAGGGGAUACAGCUUUAAUGGGAUCUGCCAUGGGGUUCCAGCCGGCACGGUCGUAGUGACAUUCCAUAUAGGGAUCUGUACAGGCUAUAGCAGGAACAGUCCACAUACUGGCUGGAACAUGAUCACCCACCUGUUGGUAGAGGAAACCAGGCUGGGGCAGGAUAUCAGUGCAGUUUUGACAGCGCAGGGUACUAUAGCCCGCCUGCCAGUCUACAACCGUGUACAGUCCUACUGGGAUUCGUUGAACAACGGCAACGACGUGGACUCCAACAUCGCGUCGGUGACGUACACCAAGAAGUCAUCGUUGAGUUCUGUCAACGUGGUUUGGACUACCAACAUGCUUCAGCUAAAUAACGCCAAAUGUGCGCGGUGGUACAUUACGUUCAAUGGGGCCGAGUGCGCGGACCCAGGCAAUAUUGAGAGUGUUUUAUACGAGAGAGACAUCACGCACGCCACCAACGCAGAUUGGCACCAACCCGGCAUGGUGGAAGGGAUAUGUCACGGUCUGGCUGCCGGGACGUACACCGUGACCCUGGCAGUAACCAACUGUAAUGGCUAUAGCGGUGGAAACGCCUACACCGGCUGGGCAUCCGGGACCUUCGCCAUGAUAGAGGAAGUCUUCAUGGGCAUCUAAGCAGCAUGAUACAAUUCUUGGUAUCCCCCCCCCCCAAAAAAAAAAAAAAAAAAUGUAAAAUUUUAUUUUAAUUCUUGUAGUUGGCUCACUUAAGACUCUUCACUUCAGUCGGACAAUGUCAUAAUUAAAAACCAAAUUGUGUAAGAAGUAAGCCCACAAUGCUUUCCAGACGGCAAGACCAAGGUUAUAAAGACGGCAGUUUUUCGGGAACCUCGUUUGAUAUCAUCGACUUUGUCAGUUGUUGAUUACCCAAAAAAUUAUGAAAAAAGAUGUUAACAAUAUUAUUGCAGCCACUGAAUUCAAUUAAACGUCCUAAGUCCACAUAAAGAUACCUGUACAUACUUUAUGACAUACAGAUCUUGAAAGGGCCGAUACCUGCUGCGCAUUGCAAUUAAAAUUGUAUCAAAGUUGAACAUAUAUUUCAGGAUUGUACGUGGAAGUUUCUGUACCAAUACUUCCGAUACUGAUAUUUUCUUCAGUCAUUUAAGUAAGCUGUUCACCAGAUGAGUUUAACGGGGUAGAAUACAAAAUGAUGCAUACAUUUUUUUCUCGCUUUCUGAAUCGAGUACUUGCCAAUCUUAUUUACUGGGGAUUUAAAUUUUACAUUUUUCAGCUUUCCAUUGUUGUGUCAGGAAGUGAUUGUGAAAAUAGAUAACAUUGGCCACAUUCUUCAACGUAUCUUUCUUUUUUCUCUGAAGAUGACCAGAAUAAACUAGUGUGCUGUGAACAUAAGACACGAGUUGGCUGUUUAAAAAUCCUACAUUUUAACAAAUUAACAAACCAGAUUACCUUAGCGUA